ACAUGGCCAACAAUAGCGACAUCCCAUUUAAUCCAAUUUAUUAACAUACUGAAAUUGUCAUUUACUUACUUGUCCAAAUAUGGAAUCUACAGAUACCUCUUCAGUUUACGCCACUAUUAAAAAACCAGACCUUGACACUGGUAUGGUUCGAUAAGGUAGGCGAGCGGAGGAAAACAUGGGGGCACCGACUGAUGGUUUGAGAGGAAGAAGGAAGCCAUCGUCAAGAGGACAACACAGGUUCGUUGGAGUCAGGCAGAGACCUUCCGGUAGGUGGGUGGCAGAGAUUAAGGAUUCCUUGCAGAAGGUUAGGCUCUGGCUUGGAACAUUUGACACUGCAGAGGAUGCAGCCCGAGCUUAUGAUGAUGCAGCUCGGGCCUUGCGCGGUGAUAACGCCCGCACUAACUUUGAAUUGCCUCAGUCAGCUUCAAGCUCUGGUGGUGGCCGUGCAGGUGUUGCGGAUAAUAUUGAGCCCUUCUCAUUUGAGGAUGUUUGCGGGACGGGGAAUGAAGCAGAAGGGAUUCUUGGUGCACUAAAGGCCAAACUGCUUGAUGGCAAGGGACUGCGGGUGCUUCCACCUGUUAGUUGUUCUUCUGGUAUGCAAUCUGCAGGUGCAGUUGUAAUUUCAUCUCACAACAAUAAUGCUAAGAGAGACCUGGCAUCAACAAGUGAAAUCGUUCCUCAUGGAGUUGGAACUCUGAACAUUGUUCAGGGUUCUGGCAACCCAGCUGGUUCUAGUAACGGUGACCUUCUUUUAGAUCACGGUAAUGUGGUGGCAGGCCAUCUUCCGGCCCAGUGGCAUCAACCCUGCCAAACUUCUGCGACAACAAACAUUAUGUGGUCUAACGAACCAGCAUAUGAAGUAGCUUCCUGGCCUACACAGCUGAAUCAUAUUCCUGAUAGUGCUGCCUUUGGUUCCAGUGCUCCAACUACUGCUACUGCUUCUACUUCUACAUGGCAACUUUCUGGCGCUACUGAACCAACAAUGGAUGUACCAUAUUCAAAUCCGUGCACAGUAGAUCUGCCAUCAAGCAGGAUUGGUAGAAUGAAUGUGAUAAGCAUGCCGAUUUCUCAAAUUCAAGGAGCAGCAUGUGGUGUCUGGUCAUCCGAGCAACAAUUCGUGCACUGUGAGAACAACGACUGGGCUGGUGCUAAUGGCUCUUGGGAUCCUCUCCUCUAUGCAUCCUCAGAGCUAUGAAGACACAAGGCCACUGACUUACAGUUAUCUUUUCUAUUGUAAUUUUUUAUUUUUCUGUUAUUGUUCAUGACAAGAACCAACAACAUUCAGCUGGAUUUGGCUAUCAUUCUUUUUCUUGUGCCCAUAAUUAAAUCCCCAAUAUAGUGCUCAGUAUCUGUACUUCGCAAUUUAAAUAUAAUACAUUCUAAAUUU